AUGGCCAGUAAACUUCUUUGGGCGGUGGAAAAUGGCGAUUUGGAUGUGGUGCGCGAGAAUGUGAACCGUAAGAACGUUGAUGAGGUAGUGAAAGCUGGGCGGAACUCGAUGCACAUGGCGUGUGAUUAUGGACAGGUCGAGGUUGUGAAGUAUUUGAUCGAGAAUGGAGGAAAUGUCAAUCUCGCUGACAAGCACGGCAUCACCCCGCUCCUCUACGCCAUUUGGGAGAACCACAUCGAAGUGGCCAAGCUUUUGAUGGCAAAAGGCGCCAACCGGAACGUGAAGUCGCCGUUGAACGAGCCGUUGCUAGACUGUGCCACCAGCGACGAGAUGAAAGACUUGCUCAGGAAUUACAUCGCC